CAGUCAAAUCAAGGAUAUUCGAGGGUCCAAAAUAAAAGAGGGUUCAGAACGUUCGAGGCACACAAAAAGGGUUCCCAGAAUCAUUUCAAAAACGAAAGCGGCUUCUGCGGGAGCGGAGCUUGAAAUUUACGGAACUGCUAUAAAUUCUCCUUCAACUGUGACCAAAGCUAGCUUUCUCGCCCCCAUCACGUCUCUAUCUGGGUUGACGUAUUAUCUCUAUUCCUCCCGAAUUUAUUCUCAUACUUGCGCUCAGACAUGGCAAUGAAAAGAAAGUUCGACGGCGACUCCGAAGAUGUAGCCUAUAAAAAUAACAAACAACUCAAGCUCGUUCCAUUCCCUAACUACGAGCCCACCAUUGACUGCAUGAUGAGCGAUGCACAACCUUUUUAUGAUCAUUACCAUUUCCGCAACACAUCUUCCGCCAGCUCUGCCUCUUCUCACGCGUCGUGCUCUCCCACCACACCUGCUUCUUCUUAUCCCUCCGUCGAGCCUUACCCUCUUUCUCUAGUACCAGAUGUUUUAGAAUCUAACCAAACCUCUAUGCCCAACGUCGGUCUCCUCCAGCCUCAUAGCGACUUUAAACACCACGGGACCAACUGCUCAACUAUUCCGAAAUUGCGUGUCGCCUGUGCGCCCGGCUUGAAUGGCAACCGAACGAUGUGGAGCUUUUGCGAAGAAUGUGGCGCCAUCUCCAUGGUCAACAGCGACUAAACAUUCAAAACAUCAUCAACGCACAAAGCUCAUUCAAAAAAAAAAUGCUCGCCCUCGGUUUUGAUUCUUUCCUUCUUGCUACUUAUGCUUGCUGUCUCGUCCAUUAUUCGCU